AACUUAUUUCGAGUUACUGAUGUGACUUACAAAUAGGGCCUAAAUUUUUAUAUUGCCAUUCAAAACAUAAUCUACUGUUUACAACGUGGUAUAAAUAAAACAUCACGUACAAAGUAAAAAAGCGACAUUUAUUGCCACAUUGAUCAGGUGACUGCAAAAGCAGAGAAAUUCGACAGAACAUAAUCAGUGGAAAACAAAAUGUCUGACGAAAGCAUGGGCGGAGAGGGCGGCGAUGCGCCGCAGAUGGAGGACAAGAAGUUCUUCGUGGACCGCGCCAAGUCGGGGCGCGCCACGUGCCGCAAGUGUAAGCAGAAGCUGGAGGCGGGCGGUCUGCGCAUCGCCAAGGCGGGACACAACCCGUUCGGGCCGGGCCUCAUGAAGCUGUGGCACCACGUGUCCUGCAUGUUCGAGGUGUUCGCCAAGCAGCGCGCCUCCACCGCCCGCAUCAACACGCCCGACGACGUCGCUGGCUGGAGCGACCUCGACGAGGACGACCGCAACCUCAUCCUGUCUUUCCUGCCAGAGGGCGCUGCUGCCGCCGCAGCCUCAGCGAGCAGCCAGAAGGGCAAGGCGGCGCCCGCGCCUGCUGCCGCCCCGUCGACGCCCGCCUCCAGCGCGGGGAGCAAGCCGUCUGCGGAGGACCGCGCCCACAAAGACAACUCCUUCCGGGAGUUCCGACGCCUUUGCGCGGAGGUCGCCAACCUGCCGGCCUACGGCGAUAAGACGGCCGCCGUGCGCAAGAUGUUCACCUCGGGCACCAGCGGCGAAAGCUUCAAAGGUGAUCUUCUCCUAUGGGUUCGCCUGCUCCUGCCUGGUGCUGUGAAGAGAGUUUACAAUAUCCAAAGCAAGCAGAUUGUGAAACUGUUUAGCAGAAUUUUGCAUGCUGACCAAGAUGAAAUGUUGGAAGACUUAGAACAAGGAGAUGUGGCUGAAACAGUUCGUAUCUUCUUUGAACGCAGCACCCACCUGCAGCCUACGAAAAAGAGUACAUUAUCUUUAUAUGAUGUUGAUGAAUUUUUGGAGAAGCUUUCUACUAUGACAAAGGAGGAUGAACAAGCCCAUCACUUCAAACAAAUAGCAAAAAGAUGUACAUCAAAUGACUUGAAAAUGAUCAUUCGACUAGUGAAGCAUGACCUGAGAAUCAAUGCUGGUCCCAAACAUAUCCUUGAUGCAGUUCAUGCUGAUGCCUAUCAGGCAUUCCAGAUGUCACGUGACAUCUCUUCUGUUAUUGCACGUGCCACGGGUAAGAAUUUUCUGCAAGGGAAAGGCGAAUCUGGGAAGAAACAAGGAACUGCACCUGGUGGCAUGAGUAUUGGUGUUGCUUUGAUGACACCUGUCUUGCCAAUGCUGGCUGAGGCAUGUAAAUCUGUUGAACAAGCAAUGAAAAAAUGUCCUAAUGGGAUGUUCUCUGAAAUAAAGUAUGAUGGUGAAAGGGUUCAGGUUCACAAAAGAGGUGAUGAUUUCAAGUAUUUCUCUAGAAGCUUGAAGCCUGUGAUGCCCCAUAAGGUUUCCCAUUUUAAAGACUACAUACCAGAAGCAUUUCCUCAUGGCAAAGAUGUGAUACUUGAUAGUGAAAUCUUGAUGAUAGAUACACAAACUGGGAAGCCAUUACCAUUUGGUACUCUUGGUAGACAAAAGAAAGAGGGGCUGAAAUCUGCCAAUGUAUGCCUGUUUGUAUUUGAUUGCAUUUACUACAAUGGUGAAAUUCUGCUGUCAAAACCGAUCAAAGAAAGAAGAAAGAUUCUGCACAGUGUGAUGACACAGAUACCAAACAGAAUUAUGUUCUCAGAGGCAGAGGAAGUUCAUCAACCAAAGGAACUCGAAGUAAUGAUUGAGAAGGUGUUUAAAUUGGGUCUGGAAGGGCUGGUCCUCAAGGAUCUGAUGAGCACUUAUGAGCCUGGCAAGCGUCACUGGUUGAAAGUAAAAAAGGACUAUUUGUUUGGUGGAGCCAUGGCAGAUGCUGCUGAUCUGGUGGUGCUGGGUGCCUGGUUUGGAACAGGACAAAAAGGGGGGAUGAUGUCAGUAUUUCUGAUGGGAUGCUAUGAUACAUACCGUGAUAAAUGGUGUACUGUCACUAAAGUACACACAGGUCAUGAUGACAAGACUCUUGAGAGAUUACAGGAUGAACUGGGGCCCCAGGUGACAAAGAUUAGCAGAGAGGCCUCUCGUGUGCCCAGUUGGCUAAAUUGCACGAAGACAAUGAUUCCAGACUUUGUUGCCAAGGAUCCUAAGAGUAUGCCAGUGUGGGAGAUAACAGGAGCAGAAUUUACGCGCCAUGAUGUGCAUACAGCAGAUGGUAUUUCUAUUCGUUUUCCCCGUGUUACUCGAAUACGCAGUGAUAAAGAUUGGAAGACAGCUACCUCCUUAGCAGAGUUAAAGGAACUUUAUAAGAAGUCAAAGGACAAUGCAGAUUUUUCAUUGAUACAGAGCUCUCCAAAAAGUAGUCCAGAUGUGUCGAAACGCCAAAGAUUAACAAGAUCUCGUUCACCCACACCUGUGAAGGACACAAGGAAGGAAUCUAAGAAGACAAAUAAAAAACAAGAGGAAAUUGUGGACCAAGAAAUGAAGGAGGAAGUGAGUGAAGAAAACAAUAGUGCAAGGAAGAGAUCACUCAGUCCUAACAAGAGAGGUGAAAACUCUGGCUCUGGACAUAAAAGAAAAUUUGGCAGUAACCAGUCCUCUCCAUCUGAGGAGGAACCACGAGAUAGCAGUACACCCAAGAAGGAAAAUAACUCCCAUGGUUCAGAGAAAUUUAACAAAUAUGAUACUGAUACAACUAUGCCAGAGAUUAUGCUGUGGAAGUCUUCUUCAUUGCAACCUCCUCGUGAUCUCUGGGCUUUUGCUACAUUUUUGUCAUGGGAACUGAAUGGUAUUGAUGAUAGAGUACUUCUUGCUCAGGCUAAGAGAAGUAUAGUAGAUACUGUCACAAGGUUUCGAGUUGAGCAAGAAAUUCUGUGCAAGGCCCAAACAUCUAGAAACCAUGAAACUGAGGAAAGUAAUAUAAAAGAAGAUGAGAAACCAGUAGAGGACACUGUGAGUGCAGAAAUGGAAACAAAGAUGGAAAUUCAUUCUCCACAAACUCCCGAGGAUAAAGAAACAAAAUCUAAUGAAGAAAGUGAAGAAAGGAAGGACAAAAUGGAUGAUGUUCAGUCAGAUAAUGAGGAGGAGGAUGAGGAGAAGGAGGAGGAGGAGGAGGAGAAGAAGAAGAAGAAAGCAGAUUGGGAAAAGGACAGUGAUUGGGAGAGUUGUUGUGAUGAAGACAAGAAAGGCCUGUCUGAUCAAAGUUGCACAAACAAUAAUGUGGAACUUGCAGAUCCUAACAGUCAUGAAAGUUUGCAGAAAGAUGAAAAGAGUGUGUGUAGUGAAUGAGAGGACUGUUGAUGUGUUACUUUACACAGCUGCACAGGAUCAAUAUGUGGCCAGAAGGAGAGGUAGCAUUUGGAAUGCUAGUAGCCAAUGCACAUUUUAAAUAUGUUUCAUAUUUUCAGGCAAUGUUUUCUGUCUUCAGAAUUGUUGAGAAAUGGAGUAGAAGGAAUGAUGCAUUUAUGGAAUGGAAAUGGUCUGAUUACAACAAUUUAAGAUAUUUUCAUGUAGUUGAAUUACAUGCAAAACAAUUGAUUUAUUUCACCAGAGCUGGCCUUUUUUAAAUAAUUAUUUUCACACCACUUUCAAAAUAAUCAUUAUUGCAUGCUUAAUGGUGACUGCUUCAUCUACCAUUCCAUUAUUUUACUUUUUCAUUGUUGUAUUGCAGAAAAAUGCUUUGACAUCACCUGAAGUGACUGUGUGCACUUCAGUGUGCACAGUGUCUGUCUUAUAAGAAUCUUUCUUAUACAUGUCUCAAAACCAAAAACGAAAUUUUUGUUUCUUUUCUUUUCUUUUCUGUUCUAUUUUCUUUUUCCUUUUUCUUUAGAUUUCUGAAUGUAACUAGAGAAAUAUUUCAAAAGAAGUAAUUCAGUAUUUUUGUUUAGAUACCUUUAUUUUAUGUUCUUAUAAAUGAGAAAAGAAUGUGUUUAUUCCUUUAAUUAUUGUGUUACGCUUGAUGAUAUUCUGUAUCUUUAACAGACGCAUUAGGUUUUGUGUAAUCAAAUUUGUGAUUUAUUGGUAAAAAAUUCUAUAAUGAGUGCAUAUCUUAAUAUGUAAUAAGUCAAAAGGUUGUUCUUAUGUGCAGAGCAACUUUGUUCACCAAGAUAGAUCUGACAAUUUCUGCUUAGCUAUGGAAUACCUGUUGAUAAAUCAGGUGUUAUUAUUAGCUAUCUCUGUGUGUAGUGUAUGACAGUUGCUGCAUGGAAUGCAGAUUUUAAUAUAAUGGCUGUCAUUUCCAAAAUGGAAGAAAAUUGUGUUCUCUGUUUAUUAUACUGCUGUGUAAUACUUUUCUUAAAGCUUCAUAUUGUGUUAAAAGUGCCUAGAGGAAUAAUAUUUCCUCAUAUGCCUUUUGAUAUUUGUCUUUUUUUGUGAAAUGUUAAACUGACCUCAGGUAUAAAAAAUAAUUAUCCCAAUUGCUGCACUAAAAAUAGAUCUGAAGAUGACCAUCUCCUGACACUGCAUUUUCAUUAUAAUCAAAACAUCUAAAACAACGUUUCACAUAAUUAGAUGGAGAUGGGAGCAUAAGGGUGAGGGGGAAUUGUUUUGUGUAACUCAACUGAAAGUGAUUAGACUAUUUAUGAGACACUUGCAACUGCUGCUGUUGGUAAUUGUAGUACCACAAUUU